AGGGGGUGGGACUGGACGGUUCUUGGCCGUUUGUGCAAGCGUCAAUGGCGGCUAGUUACCCGUAUGGGCAGGGUUACCCUGGAUCUGCAGGACAAUCACCAGGUGCUCCCCAGGAAGGCUAUCCAGGCAGCCAAUAUGGAGGUGGGCCAACUCCUGGGGCCCCCUAUGGAGGACCAGCACCCGGUGGUCCAUAUGGCCCACCAUCUAGUGGAGGACCGUAUGGCCACCCAGCCUCUGGCCCCCCAGGGAAUAUGUAUGGAGGAGGCCCAGCACCAGGAGGGCCUUAUGGGCAACCAUCUACUAAUCCAUAUGGUGCCCCUCAGCCCAGACCCUAUGAGGCAGGAGGUCCUGGCGGUGCUGUUCCCCCUGGUGUGGACCCAGAAGCCUUCUCCUGGUUCCAGAGUGUGGAUUGCGACCAUAGCGGCUACAUCUCCAUCAAAGAGCUACGGCAGGCCCUAGUCAACUCCAACUGGUCUGCCUUCAAUGACGAAACAUGUUUGAUGAUGAUGAACAUGUUUGAUAAAACUAAGUCUGGGCGGAUUGAUCUCUAUGGGUUCUCAGCUCUGUGGCGCUUCAUCCAGCAGUGGCGGAACCUCUUCCAGCAGUAUGACCGCGACCAGUCAGGAAGCAUUAAUUGUAACGAGCUGCACCAAGCACUCUCUCAGAUGGGAUAUAACCUGAGCCCUCAGUUUUCUCAGCUGCUGCUGUCGCGGUACUCCCAGAAGGCCACCAACCCUGGCAUCCAGUUGGACCGCUUCAUCCAGAUCUGCACGCUGCUCCAGAGCAUGACCGAAGCCUUCCGGGAGAAGGAUACCAGCAUGACAGGCAGUGCCCGGAUCAACUAUGAAGAUUUCCUUACGAUGUCAGCCACUCGCAUGCUGUGAUGCUGUUUGUAAUCAUGGGGAUGUCAGAAGUCUGUGACGCCCGUACAAGAGAGACUUAGUAUUUCCAGCAGAAACCCAGAAGACAGAGCUAUGUCAGCUAUGCUGCCAUGGGAGUGGGGGAGCAGUCGGCCACUUCAUCUGGAGAAUGUUGGAUGACACAGCCAAAUGAAGCCACCCUUGUUCUGUUGAUUUGCAUGAUGCCAAAUGCUCAGAUGGAUUCUUUGAAAGUGUGGUAUGAUCGGUUCAAACUGAUUAUUUUAGUCCACCAUGUAGAACCUCCACUAGGGAGCCAAUGACAGCUCAGAGCCAAAAUACAUAUUGUGAUGCAGUUCCACAGUGGCCACCACAGCCUGCAGAAAUUUCUUUCUCCCUCUUUUCCCCUCCCCUAAAAAAUACCUUCAGCCUUCGAUCUCAGUUUGUACUGCAACUUCGGAAAAAGCUCUUGACUACCCCUUCCACAGUUUGCCUGCCAUUGACUGAGUCUCUGCCUUAGGCAAUCUUGACUCACCAAAGCAGAAAAACAAUACCAACGGGAGAGCAUCGGUGUGUGUCUGUAUGUGAUACAUUUGCAUCUGACAGCAGUGGAGAUUCCUGUAUCGCUCGACACGCAUCCUAUAUACAAUUCCCCUUUUUCCUAUUAAGCAGUUGUAAGACCAUUGGCCAAGAUGUCUGAUUCCUCCAGAGGGCCCUUCCGCCUGAAGCUUUAGUGCUCCUCCGAUCAAUGCAUUGCCCCAGAUUUUCCUUUUGAAGCACUGAAGUACAAGCUUUUUUUGGCCAACAACCUAUUCAGCUCUUUCUGGGUUUUUUGUUUGUUUAUGUUUGUGUUCUUCCCCAGUAGCCAACCUUUUGCUCUUGAUUAUUUUUUUUUUGUAGAGGCCAAAAUCUUGUAUUUAUACAGAAGUGAGACUCUCCAUUAAAGAGUUCUAAGCACUGUGCAGUGCUUCUUUCUCAUCCUCCACCCCUCAUUUUACAUGAUAUCAUUGCAGAAUCAUCUAGUCCUGUGGUGGCGAACCUAUGGCACGCGUACCAGAGGUGGCACUCAGAGCCCUCUCUGUGGGCACGCGCGCCGUCACCCCAGCUGCCUGGGCGGCCCCCGAUUGAGCAGUUUGAAUGGAGGGUGUGGGCCACACAAGGCAAACGUUGAGCCAGCAGUGGUAGAGAAGCCGGCUGCGCCCCGUGACUCCCCUUCUCCUCAGAGGCGGCUGACCGCGACGAGCAGCACCAGCAGCAGCCUGCAGGAGGGAGUGCCUGCUGGGUGAGUGUGCCUCUCUGCGCCCUGAGUCCCGCCUGGCCGGCACCUCGCCUCCUCCAAGCCUGCAAGCGAGUGUUCCUCUCCGCCUCCUCCGUCCCAUCCUCCGCCAGCGUCAGUGUCGUCGUCUUCGUCCCUGGAGGGGGGGGCAGCCCAUCCUCUGCCACCUUCCCGCCGCCGCUCCCCUCCCUCCCUCCCUCCCUCCAGUGUGCAGGACUCGAGGUAGCAGGGACCGCAAUGACAAGCCCCAGAGUUGAACGACAGCCCCUAGAUAUGGCAGAAGUGUUCUGGAACUGGAAUGGGAUACUACUAACUGGAAUG